AUGUCAGGGUGGAGCAAUGGCGCCUACAAUGAGUCCUACACCAGCUUCCUUCUGGUGGGCUUCCCAGGGAUACAAGAAGCCAGAGCCCUCCUGGUGCUGCCCUUCCUCAGCCUCUACCUGGUGAUCCUCUUCACCAAUGCCCUGGUCAUCCACACAGUGGCAUCCCAGCAGACCCUGCACCAGCCCAUGUACCUGCUCAUCGCCCUGCUACUGGCUGUCAAUGUCUGCACUGCCACCACCGUGCUGCCCGCCAUGCUGUUCAGCUUCUCCACACGUUUCAACCGCAUCUCCCUCCCUCGGUGCCUGGGACAGAUGUUCUGCAUCUACUUUCUGGUUUCUAUGGACUGCAACAUCCUCCUGGUCAUGGCCCUGGAUCGCUAUGUGGCUAUCUGCUACCCUCUCCGCUACCCAGAGAUAGUGACAGGACAGCUACUGGCUGGCCUGGUGGGGUUGGCAGCCACCAGGAGCACAUGCAUCGUUGCUCCGGUGGUGGUGCUGGCCUCCCGAGUGCGCUUCUGCCGCUCAGAUGUGAUCCAUCACUUUGCCUGUGAGCACAUGGCCCUGAUGAAGCUCUCCUGUGGGGACAUUUCACUGAAUAAGACCGUGGGACUCAUCAUACGCACCAUUAACAGAGUCCUGGAUAUGCUUCUGCUUGGAGCCUCCUAUUCCCGCAUCCUCCAAGCCGUCUUCAAGAUCUCAUCAGGUGGAGCACGGUCUAAGGCCCUGAACACCUGUGGCUCCCACCUGCUGGUCAUCUUCACUGUCUACUCCUCCACCAUGUCCUCAUCCAUUGUCUACCGCGUGGCCCGCGCUGCCUCCCAAGACACACACAACCUGCUCAGUGCUUUCUACCUGCUGCUCCCAUGUCUGAUCAACCCCAUCAUCUAUGGGGCCAGAACCAAGGAAAUCAGGCAGCACCUGGUGAGGUCAUCCCUGAGUACAGGCCCAUGA